AUGGCGGACACUGCCAGACCAGCAAAGAAGUCAAAGGGCAAGCAGAAAGCAGAAGAAGCGUCGGCCCAUGACUUGUCAAGCUUCCUGCUCAAAAGCACAGAAGUCGCGCUGGACAGCGACUUGAACAGUCUUUUCAGCUCCUCAAAGCCUCUCGUGUCCAUCAAGCGUUCGAAUGAGACGGAUGCAGAUUCACCGGAAGCCAGAGCACGGCGUGCAGCGGAAAAAAUCAAGCGUCAAGCUGCUUCCGUAGCCGCAAGAAGCUCUCGAACUCCCAAGCUCACCCCAACUGCGUCAGCAUUGGCGCCAACGCAGUCAAGCAAUGCGAAGAGACGAAGAAGCACGCCAUCCGAGGCGGAAGAAUCGGCAGAGGAACAAUCUGACAGCGACUCAGCGCCGCCUAUCCAUGUCAGCCUUUUGCCGGGCGGCGAGGAGAGGCAAAGCAAGCCUCGCAAGGCAAAGAAGGCCAAGUUGACGGAUGAAGAUAUUUCGGAGCGCAACGCUCGCACCGUCUUCAUUGGCAAUGUCGUCCUUGCCGCCGCGUCAAGUAAAAGCACGAGCAAGGCGCUCGUGCGGCAUCUGUUUUCGACUUUGCCUGAACAAGUCCAGGCUGUCGCCCGUUGCGAGUCGAUACGAUAUCGUUCGCUACCUCUUGCUGCCCCUGUCACCCAGCCAAAGUCUUCCCAGUCACACGCAAAAGCGCGAGCAGAGCAAUGGAAGCAACACGCCAACGGUGCCUCCCAAGAACCGGCGCAAGAGUACCUCACACCAGCACAGCAGCGCAAAGUAGCCUUCAUCAAGCACGAACUGCAUCCGUCUGGGCAAAAUUGCAAUGCCUAUGCUGUGCUGCAGCUCACGAGCCCAGCUGCUGACCUCGAGACUUCGGCAGAUCUGGCAACAUUGCUCGCUACCUCGGCGAAUGCUACAGUAUUCGAAGAGCGUACUCUGCGUGUCGAUCUCGUCAAGAGCGCCAGCGAUGCAGCCAGUAGCCCAGGCAAGACCGAUUCGCACAGCGCCGAUCAUCUACGGCGGACCUGCUAUGUAGGCAACCUCGAUUUUGCCCAGGACGAGGAAGGCAUCCGGAAGGUCUUUGAAGACCUGCUCAGGGCUGAGAGAGGUGCCCCUCCUGCUGGCAAGCCUUACGUCGAAAGCGUCAGAGUUGUCAGAGAUCGCGAUACGGGCCUCGGCAAAGGAUUCGCUUACGUGCUCCUUCACGACGAGGAUUGCGUGGACGAGAUGUUUGCGAUUGAAGCAAGCAAAGUCAAAGUAUCGAAGCGAAAAGUCCGCUUGGAAAGGUGCAAGACGUCGGCCGCGCUCAAAUCAAUCAAGGUCAAGAAAGAAGCUGCUGCUGGAUCUCUUCAAGGUUCGAAAGCCGCCGUCGAUAAGCGAGAUCCCAAACGCGACAGGACGCACAAGACCCAUCCCUUGCCCAAAGUCCGCGUGAAUCAAGACAUCGGCGAGAAGAUCAAGGAUCUCUCGAAAGAGGAGCGUAAAGAGUACAAAGCCAACGACGAGUCACGCCUCGCCCGGCGACUCGAGAAGAAGCGCGCAAAGGCAGCGCUGUUGAAAGCAGACUCUCGCUCGAAGCAAAAGGAAAAGCUGCGCACAAAGCGAGACUCUGGCAAGCCCAAGAUGUCGAGCAAGAAAUCUCGCGUCCGAAGUGAUGCUCAAGAGUCACGCAAGACCCAGAAAAAGGUGUAA